AUGGCUGACGCAAUUGCUGAGCUCCGUAAGAGAUUGGACGCAAUUGUUCAAAAUAAUAAAAAGGAAGAGGAUCAAGCUCCAAUAGUUCCUGUUGUUCCACAAGCUCAAAACACCGCAGAAGCAGAAAAUGCUGAAGUUGAAAAACCAAAAGAUGAAAAUUCAAUUUGGGUAGGUAAUCUUGAUGCUUCGGUAACGCAAGAAAAGCUCGAAAACCAUUUUAGCUGCUGUGGUAAAAUUAAAAAGUUGACAAUCCCUACAAAGCAAAAUCCACACGCUCCUAAAUAUGCAUAUAUUGAAUUUGAUUCAAAAGAAGCUGCUCAGUUAGCAAUAGAUAGUCUUAAUAAUCAUCUAUUUAGUGGACGUAAUUUGAAUAUAAAGCCGAAGCGUGAAAAUCGCCCAGGAAUGAGAAGAUCAUUCCGUCGUAGCAGGCAUUAA